AUGGAUACAUUGUAUAUGAUAAUAUUGGGCAUCAGUGCACUUGUUAUAACUGCAUUGUUAUAUGUUGUAUUGUUCCCAAAGAAGAACUUUGUCACUCCACAUGAUGAUGAUGCUGCUGCUGCCAAUGACAACAACAAUGAUGAUGUUAUGGUGAACAAUAACAAUAGAGGCAGAGGUGGUGGUCUGGCUAGAAUGAACGUUAGAAACAGGAAUAGACCUCAAGCUGCUGUCGAACAACAACAACAGCAACAACAACAACAACAGAGACAACUACAACAAUCAAAUGAAGAUGUAGACAGUGAUGAUGAUAUUGAUGAUAUCGAGGACCUUGAUGAUAUUGUUACCAAUGGAGGUAUUGAUCCAAGGACAGGAAAGAAGAUGGGAACAAAGAAGUUGGAGAAACUCAAGAGAAAGGAUGAGAAGAGAAAGCAUAGAGAGUAUGAAGAACAUAUGCGUGCUGAAAGAAAGAAGGCAGAGGAAGAGAAAGAUGAAGAGAUGAAACAAAAGAGAUUGGAGGAGUUGGAGAAGGAGAGGCUGAGGGUUGAGGAAGAGACAAGGAUACGUCUGGAGAAGGAGAAGAAGGAGGACGAGGAGUAUCAAGCAAUGAAGAAUGCAUUCUCACUGGAGGAGUCUGGAGAGUCCAAGCAGAAUGAAGAGGACGAGAGAAACAUGUUACAAGAGUUCAUUCGCUAUCUAGAGACCAACAAGAUAUGUCUGUUGGAGGACAUUUCAAUGGAGUUUGGCAUGAAGACUAAUGAUGUGAUCGAGCGCAUCAAGACACUGGACAAGCAAGGUUUGAUCUCUGGUGUGAUCGACGAUCGUGGCAAGUUUAUAUAUGUAUCAAGAGAGGAGAUGGAAUCAGUGGCCAAGUUCAUCAACAAGAAGGGUCGUGUCACCAUUGAGCAGAUUGCCCACGAGUCCAACAAGUUGAUAGACCUCACCUCCAAGCCCAAAUCAAUCGCAGAAGAAACCUCAACAUCUCAACUGACAGAGACUGUUGCC